AUGUCCCCCGAGGAGCUCGCCGCCCUGCUCUGUGGGGAAGGGGACGAGCGCCUCUCCCAGCAGGAAUUUCCAGCAGCCACAGCUUUUUACCUGGCUGCCUUCAGCUGCUGCGCCCCCACAGCAGUGCAGAGAGUGAACUCCAUGGCCCACGGGCUCUGGGAGAGAGUGGUGGCCACCUUGGAGGCCUGGUGCCAAGGCAAGGCUCAAAUCCCCAAAAUCCAGAGCAGGAACCUGGCCGUGGUGUCCCUCAGCGUGGGAAUAGCUGCGAUCUUCCUGUCCACCCUGAUCCCAAACAACGUGGUGGCCUCAGUGUACGAGCUGGAGGCCCUGCUGAGGCGAGGGUGCUCGGAGGAGGUGGUGAGGAAAUGCAAUGUCCUGCUGGAGGCUAACCCGAGGGGUUCCAUGGAGCUGCUGCUGCUGAGGGCGCUGGCACGGGUGCUCUCGGGGACACAGGCUGGGAAGGGAAUCGUGGAUUAUGUCCAAGCCUUUGUGCUGCACCAAACUGAGGCAGCAGCCUACGUGUGCAGCCGGCAAAGGGAGCACCUGCCCCAGGUCGUCCAGGCUUUCUCUGAUCAUCUCUCCACGUGCCAGGAGGGAAGCCCAGGCUGCAGCUCCUCGGAGCAGUGGCUGGGUGACUGCUACAGAUUCCUGGCUGCGGUGGCACCUGGGCACACCUGGGUGUGCAGGGCACGGGCAGCCCGCCUCCGAAAAACAGGAGAGUUUCAGGAGUGUGUGGCUGUUUGCACCAAGGCCCUUGAGGGCUUCUCAGCUGAGAAUCUCAGAGGUGAGGACGUUCUGGCUCUGCUCCUGGAACGAGCUGCUGCGUAUUUCUUCCUGGGAGGAUGCACGCAGGAAAUGAUGCAGGAUUUAGCAGCAGCCUUUGCAGCAGACCCUGCCCAGGCAAUGAAAGGCUUUGAAGAGCUUUUCUCACCCUGUGAUGCUGAAAAGAUCGAGGAGCAGGCCAGAGCUGCCCUGGAGGGGAGGUUUGGAGCCUACAGGGAGGCUGUGCAUGCUCGGGCUGAGCUCAGGGGCACCCGUGGCACUGAGCUGCUCCCUCCUGUCAUCCAGACAAUCCAGCUGCUCCUGCACAUCUGCCCAGGAUCCAGCCGGGAGCUCAGGGUCCGGCUGGCAGACUGUCACCUCCUGCAGGGACAAGCCAGGGCCGCCCUGGACAUGUGUGAGCAGCUGCUGACAGCAGAGCAGAGCACUUACCACAACACCCUGCUGGCACUGCGAGGCUUCUGCUCCCUCCACGCCCAGGACCACCACGGAGCCCUGCAGGACUUCCAGAGGGUCAUCGAGCACGAGUCCCCACAUCCCAGCAGCUGCAUCAAAGCCCUGUGUGGGCGUGGGCUGAUCCGCAUUUCUGGUGGCAGCAAUUACUUGACAGCCCUGGAUUAUAUCACAGCUUGCCAGCUAAAGCUGGAUGAAACCAUCUUCACCAUCAAGUCCUACGUGCCGUGGAACCAGAGGGGAUUGCUGCUGAAGGUCCUCCAGGAGGAAGGACAGAUGAUGCUCCAGAAGAAGAGGUACCCAGGAGGCAGCUCCGUUUCCUUUCAGAAAAAGCAAACAGGGCUGUGCACAUUCCUAACCUUGAAGGUAGAUGCCCCAGGGGUUUUCCAGCUGGCUUCUCUCUUGGUGGAGCUGGACAGCUCUGAUGAGGCAUCCCGGAUCCUGUGUGCUGAUGCCCUGUACCAGAUGGGCCGUGGGGAAGAAGCCCACGAGAUUCUGUCACUGGCCCUCUCCAGAAACCCCCAGAGGGCUCCUGUGCUGGCCAGGCUGGCACUGCUGCAGCUCAAGAGAGGCUUUGUGUACGAUGGCAACCAGCUGCUGAGGAGGCUGAUCAGAACUGGAGACUCCUCCUGCCUCCUGCCAGUGCUGGACAUUUUCCAGGACGAGGACCGAGAGCUGCUGCAGAGCCACUGCCGCUGGCGAGCCCUGGCCAUCCUGAAGGGCAAGCAGGAGGCUGCUGCCAUCAAAGAGGCCAUUGCCCACCUGUCCUUUGCCAUUCUUGCUGCAGGUGGUUAUGCUGAGGAUUGCCUCCUCACCAGGGCUCGAUGCUAUGGACGCCUUGGGCAGAUGAAAACUGCAAUUUUUGAUUUUAAUGCUGUCCUGAAGGAGGAUCCCAGGAAUGUGCAAGCUCUGAGCGGCCGAGGUUUUGUUCACCUCGCUCUGAGGCAGCAGAAGGAGGCAGUGCAAGAUCUGAUCUCAGCACUGCAGGUGGAGGCAGGAGCAGUGAUCCCAGCAAUCCUGUCCUUGAAGCCUGAAGCCCAAGGCUUGGUCACUGGGUGGCUCCUCCAGCAUGGCAGGGCCACUCUCAGCGAGCUCGUGGCCACCAAAGAAGUCCCAGGAGAAGAAACCCUUGGGAACCUUCUGACAGUGGCAAAAGCACUGACCAAAAUCUGCAGGGCUGCACAACAUCAUAUCUUCUACACUGAUGUUUUGAUGGCAAAUGGAAGGCACCAAGAGGCCCUCAAGCACCUGCAGGAAGCCUUUGGCCCCUGUCCUGCUGAGGACUUUGCCAGGGCUCGCUUGGCUGUGCUGCAGCUGCAGAGCAGGAACGUGGCAGGAGCAGCUGCCCCGCUCAGUGCCCUGGCCAGGAGAGAUGAGAAGGACUUGGCCUUUCUCCUGAACUUUGUAGACACCAAACAACAGCAGCAUCUUGCUCAGGCAGCAGCCCAGGAAGGGAAGGUGCUGAUGAAAGGCCAUGACCACCAGCAGGCUCUGGGCUACCACAGCCUGGCUGUGCUGGCCAGCAGGGCCAGCCCCAGGUACCUGAGGCACAGAGCUGCCUGCCUGAUGCACCUGAAAAAAUAUGAAAAAGCUCUGAAAGACAUGGAAAAAGUGAUCCAAGGGCAUGGCUGUAACAGCCCAAAAACACAGGCUGGGGACCACUGCUGCCAGGGCUUCCUGCUGCUGGCCCUGGCUCGGGAGGAGGCAGCAGUGCAGCACUACAUGCAAUGCCUGUCAGCACCUCUUCGUUCCGGGUACACGGUGCUUUGA